AUGCUAGGCCGCACCUUCUUGCGCCGCUUGCAAGCCUCGCAUCCCUACGUUUGCCUGCCAUGUUUGCGCAGCCUGCGCAAUGGGCCGUCCGCCCGAAGCCCGCGACCGCUUGAUGCUUUUUGCGCCGCCCGCCGCUUCCACGCCGCCGCCCUCGUCUACAAGAACACCGCCGCCUCUCCUCCUGGGGACGAGCCUAUAAAGCCAGAAGUCAGCGCCAGCAAGAGCAAGAAAAGAAAGUUGCUGAAGAGGAGGGCCGAGCGCGUGAAGAAGGAAGGGAAAAAGACUGCCACCCCCGAAAAGACAUCAGAGGAAGAAGAGAGCGACGUCAGUCCACCAACCAUACGCAGAAUUCGACAAAAGGACGAUGUUCCUGCGAAGGCGCCUGAGGUGGACGGGAACACGGUCGGCCCCGGCACCACUGAAAAAUCUUCACCAGACGACCAAAGUCCGACGCAGUCAAGUUCAAGUGCAAAGAAGGAAAGAAGAGCGACAAGAAUUGCGGAGAGGGAGGCUAAGAGGGCGGCUAGGAGGGCGGCUGCGCAAAAGCAGGAGGCGGCCAAGAAGGCCGAUGGGAAAAAUGUAGAGAAUACAUCCGACAUCGACAUCGGGGACAUAUUGGAGCGGGCCGUUGAGAAGGAGAAGGGAGCUGCUGAGGUCAUGGCUGAAGCCGCCAAACGCCCCAAGGAGACCAAAAAAGCGGAAACAAUCAAGCAGGCGCUUCUGCGCGCCAAAAAACCGCCAAAACCACGGCGAGUGUAUCCCAACAGCGUCUCGGCCAAGGAUGUUCAGCUUACCCCGAUUGAGGUGGAACAACCGCCAAUCCCCCGACUUGCUUAUGGACUAGACCGGGUGCUGUUCAACCCUGGUGUUUAUCACCUCCAAGACACGAGAACACAGGUCUACAACUUUGAUCCCUAUUUGCAAAAAAUCAUGCCGGUUGCAGACUUCAACUUCGACCUGCUGAAGAAGUACAUCACCUCGUCACAGGAUGAAACGCUCUCCGGUCUUGCUCGCAGCCUCGACAAGCGAUAUGUUGGCUCCACUUCGAGCAUGACCGCCGCUCUUGCUCAUUUCCAUUUCCUCCUUUCGCGCUGGCGAGAAGUAAACACGACAAUGCUGUCCAGAGAGUUCCCGGAGAAGCUUUCCACCUUUACUAGGAUCAACCGGUUGCCCGCUGCCAUCUUUCUUCGGUGGAAAAAUGGUACAUAUGCUAUUGAUGCUGACAAACAGUACGAUACAGCCAACAUUCUGAGCAUGCUAGGCCGUUCCAUGGAGAAACUUCUCACAAUGCCCUCGGAAGAAUUUGAGCGCUACAGAAGGGGGCACCCGGACCAAGUCUCGGAUGAGGAACGUGAAGUUCCGGAGUCGUAUCACUAUACCACCCAGGGUGACAUGCUCAUGCGAUCCCAGCUUGAUGCCCGGGACAGCCGCCUCCCCGGAACCGGUAUGUUCGAUCUCAAAACCCGUGCCGUCGUUUCUAUCCGGAUGGAUGUGCAGGAUUGGCAGGAGAACACGGGAUACCAGAUCAAGACGGGCACUGGUGAUUUCGAAUCGUUUGAGCGCGAGUACUAUGACAUGAUGAGAUCCACCAUGCUCAAAUACUCGCUGCAGGUUCGCAUGGGCAGGAUGGAUGGCAUCUUCGUUGCCUUUCACAACAUUGAGCGUAUCUUCGGCUUCCAGUACGUCAGUCUGGACGAAAUGGACAUGGCGCUCCAUAGUCCCAAGAGCAGGACACGCCACCUGGGCGAUCAGGAAUUCCGCAUCAGCGUCGACCUCUUGAACAAAGCGUUGAACACGGCAACGGAAAGGUUCCCCGAGACUUCCAUCCGUUUCCAUUUCGAAGCUCGCGAGGGGAACGAACCGUUCAUGUACAUUUUUGCCGAGGCAAUGCCCGAAGAGGAAGUCCGAAAAAUCCAAGACGCCAACAAAGCAAGAACGGAAGCGUGGGAGAGAAAGGUUCUUGGGUUAGAGAGUGACCAGGCAUCAUCGGAUGAAACUGCUGUUGGGGAGAACGAAGAUGGCACGCUUCCCGUUGCGAACCGACCCGCUGAUCCUGAGCACCAGCCAGUUGACGCUGUGAUGCUGCCAGAGCUCUUCGAAAUUCCGGAUGAGGAACCCCAGUGGAGCUCCGUGGCUCCGCAUGCUCAACCCGAGGCACUCGAGAAAAACAUUUUGGAGACACCUGAUGAAUCGCACGAUGAUAUCACGGCCACCAAAUCUGCAGGGGAGUCCAGCGCUUCUGAUGGCAGCAAGGCAAGUGAAGCAGCCUGCGGGCCACUUCUUGCCUUGAAGCUCUGGACUAAAAACAAGGUCAACGGUGAAAGCGUCGACCGUGUAGAUGAUGUGACGGAAGAAACCGAAUGGACGGUGGACUACCUGUUCGAGGAGCUUUCGCCUGCGGAUGCAAAAAAGCGCUAUGACGAGUGCAAGAGGCGGCGGGCUGUUGGGCUGGACGACCCUGAGCUCAGGAAGGAGGGCCUCGAAGAGGAAGAGAAGGUGCUGAGCUAUUAUCAGCGGAGGCUGCGUGACAUCAGCAGGAGCGGUAGAGAAUGGCGCGAUCGGAAGGAUGAGGAAGAAAAGGGCAAGGAAAAGGUUGUUCUCGAUCUCGAGCAGCGAGAGCGGCCGAUAGCAACGGAGCUGCUGGCCAGAGAUGUUGUCAGCAUGGACGGAUACAUGAGCUGGCUGUACGGAAAGCGGAACUGA